AGGGUCCGGCGAUCCACUCAUCCAGAGCGCCUGUAUUAAGCUCUUUUUGGGAUUACCAAUAUCUUACUAUUUCCCUUGUUUCAGAGCCCCCGUCUCAUAGCACAUCACAAGUGUGUAUAAAGCUAACCGCUUCUCCCGUCUCAUUCCCGAUCCCCUCUCUCACCUCCCGUUUCCAUCAUUUGGUUUGAUCAAUUGACCCCGCAAACAUCUUACUUAAACUUCCCCACCCCCCCACCCCUUCCCUGAGCGUCUCGCCCUCGUAUUUAAUCCAUCAAACCUCCCUUCCCCCUACCCAUCAUUUCGAUCUGCAGUCGAAAUUGUUGCCCUUAGUACAACACUUUCUGAGAUCCUCAAAUCAAACUCCACGGAAAUGCCUGAAGGAGGAGUUCCGGUGGUGAGUGAGGCGCAUAAUGUUGUGACCUACCAGGUUCCUAGCAAGUAUUAUGAGUACGUUCUUCCUUCUCGCCAACACUUGAAUCUUGGAGGGGCUUUGAAAAUGUCUUGAGCCUAGUUCGAUUGGCUUAUCCCCCGGAAUGUAAACAGGAAGCACCCCACCAAACCUCAUUUGACGUUGGAGGAGUACAAGAUUCAGUACCGCGAGUCCAUCGAGAACCCGGAUAAAUUUUGGGGGGAGAAAGCGAGAGAACUUCUUCACUGGGAUAUUCCAUUCCGGACCGUCAGAAAUGGAUCCUUUGAGCACGGGGACAUCAGCUGGUUCCUUGAGGGCCGUUUGAACGCUUGCUACAAUUGCGUCGACAGACAUGCUUUCAAGGAUCCCGAGAGACCCGCCAUCAUCUACGAGGCUGACGAGCCGUCGGAAGGCCGCGUGAUCACAUACGGCGAGCUCCUCCGUGAGGUAUGCAAGUUAGCCUUCGUCCUGAGGCAGAUGGGCGUCAGGAAGGGAGAUACCGUUGCCAUUUAUAUGCCCAUGAUCCCGGAGGCCCUAGUCGCAUUCUUGGCAAUCGUUAGGAUUGGAGCGGUCCACUCUGUCGUCUUUGCCGGAUUCUCGGCUGAAUCUCUCCGCGAUCGAGUUCUGGAUGCGCGCUCCAAAGUGGUAAUCACCACCGAUGAGGGUAAGCGCGGUGGAAAGGUUAUCGGAACGAAGCGGAUUGUGGACGACGCAUUGAAACAAUGCCCCGAGGUCAAGAACGUGCUUGUCUUCCGUCGCACUAAAUCGGAGGUGCCGUGGACCCAAGGACGCGAUCAUUGGUGGGAUGAGGAGGUAAACAAGUACCCCGGUUACUGCCCGCCUACCCUCAUGGACUCGGAGGAUCCCCUGUUCCUGCUGUACACCUCCGGAUCUACUGGAAAGCCCAAGGGUGUUAUGCACACGACAGCUGGGUACCUCUUGGGCGCAGCCAUGACGGGAAAGUACACCUUUGAUCUUCACCCAGGCGACAAAAUGGGAACGGCAGGAGAUGUUGGCUGGAUUACGGGACAUACAUAUGUGGUAUAUGCGCCGCUGCUGCUCGGCGUUUCAACGCUUGUCUUCGAGGGCACACCUGCAUACCCGGAUUUUUCGAGAUAUUGGGAUAUCAUUGAGAAACACGGCAUUACUCAAUUCUAUGUCGCACCAACCGCAUUGAGGCUGUUGAAGAGGGCCGGCGACCACCAUAUCAACAAGCAGAUGAAGACCCUGCGAGUGCUGGGAUCAGUCGGCGAGCCAAUCGCUGAGGAUGUGUGGAAGUGGUAUCACGAGAAGGUUGGACGCGAGGAAUGCCAUGUUGUGGAUGUGAACCCCCCUUGUUUCGGCCCAAAACUGAAAGACAGGACUAACCCUUGUUUCAGACGUACUGGCAAACUGAGACCGGUUCCCACGUCAUCGCGCCCAUGGCCGGUGUCACUCCAACCAAGCCCGGAAGUGCCACGCUGCCUUUCUUCGGAAUCGAACCCGCUAUCAUUGAUCCGGUAUCAAAGGAUGAAUUACACGGGAACGAUGUUGAGGGAAUAUUGGCUAUCAAGAAGCCAUGGCCCAGUAUGGCGAGAACGGUCUGGGCCUCUCACCAGAGGUUUAUGGAGACGUAUUUGGAUGUCUACAAGGGUUACUACGUAUGGAAUAUCCCGGGGGGGGGGCAUACAAUGGUUACCUUGGCUAACCUUUUUCUUCUUCUAGUACACCGGCGAUGGUGCGGGCAGAGAUCACGAGGGAUAUUACUGGAUCCGCGGCCGAGUAGACGACGUUGUCAACGUUAGCGGUCACAGGUUGUCAACCGCAGAAAUCGAGGCCGCCCUCAUUCAUCAUGGUGAGAAAGCCGGGAAACAACCAAUUUUCCUGCUACUCGUCACUAAAUGCGCUAACCGAUUCUAUAUCCAGAGGCUGUCGCUGAAGCCGCUGUGGUCGGCAUCGCCGAUGAGUUGACCGGCCAGAGUAAGUGAACCCGUACGCGCCCAAGAAGUAGCAACAAGGCAAUCUCUGACAUGUCCGACAGCUGUCAACGCCUUCGUCUCGCUAAAGGAUGGCUUCGAGAACUCUUCCGAGAUGAGGAAGAGCCUGACCCUUCAGGUCCGCAAAUCCAUUGGACCAUUCGCGGCCCCCAAGGCGGUGUACGUGGUCAGCGACCUUCCCAAGACCAGAUCCGGAAAGAUUAUGAGACGCAUUCUCCGCAAGAUCCUAUCCGGCGAAGAGGAUCAACUGGGUGAUAUCUCGACAGUAAGUUUUUUCCCACGCCUCGACACGUAUAGGCGAUUAUGGAAGAAGGCGAGAGGGGGUGGAGGAACAGGAGGGGGCACGGACAGUAGGCGCUAACACAGGAGGAUUAUUAGUUGUCAGACCCUUCUGUCGUCGACGCCAUAAUUAAAACGGUACACGAGACGUAAGUCACGAGCCAAUGCCUUACCUGCCCUCACUUUCCCCUCCCAUCCUCCCGCACCGAAUCACCCAGAGCUGAUCCGGGCUAAUAUGGCGAUCCGGUGCAUGCAGCAGUGGAAGCAAGUAGACGGAGGGUUCGGCACGUGAUGCGGGUCCUCUCCUUCCCCUUCCAAAAGUGAAAAAGAGGAAGGGCUAAAGAUAGGUAUCCAUCUGAUGACAUGGUUGGGGGAGGGUUUUUUAUGUGAACGGAUAAACUUAAGUUAGACCCGUUUCCGGAGGGUGCUUGUCCCGAAAGAGGGAAAUCCUCUCUUCUAUCAUACCCUCUUGUCUCAUAUAUUUCCCCCCCCUUCUCUUCCCUUCAUAGCGUUUGGGUUUUCCCGGUUUUGUAUUGCCGUAUUCCAAUAUAGGUUCUCUCUCUCUCCGAAUUUUUCUUCUCUCCUCCGCCUGCCUGUCUGCCUGCCCGCCUUCCAGGGCGAGUAUAAUACCACCAUGCUUACAUACGGCCCUCCCACCCAAUCUGGACAAUGCAUGCAACUCGUUACGGACGGGGUCCUAUCUCGGCAUAUACCGUGAGCACGGCAGCAUGGUACGGUACUUGCGGAAGGACAAGGCGACUAUCAUGGGACAGAGAAGCAGAUAGAGCACAGUACUCGUACAAUACGUACGACCGAUCAGAGCCACCCUCUCACCCAUUUGGUAUGGCAAUGAACACCCACGCACCCCGCC